AUCACGAUCCUCCUUGUCAAUUAUUUAGGAAUUUCAAGAUUUGUUGUGGUGGGGAAAAAUGUGUAAUUAUUCGGGUCGAGAGCAAGUUGGCUAUAAUUAAUUAUGCAUAUAAUCAGACCCAUUGUCUACGAGUAUUACUAUGUAAAAAGUUACCGCACGGUCCCACGUAUUCCAAAGAAAGUGUACUUUCUGUAAAAGUUUCAUUACUCCCGUUGUCAAUUAUCGAAGUUUGUGAGUGAUCAAUGUUUAUUAUAUUGCCUAAUCUUAAUUCGUGUAUCGCGAUCGAUUUAAAUAAUUAGAAAGUGUUGUUGUCGGUGUUUACACGAAUGGCAGGUUUCCAUGCAAACGACACGAUGCCUAAAAUUGGGCUCGUCACGGACUUGCGAGAACAGUGGCUGGUGCGCACCGAUGGAGCCCUGGCGCACCGCUUGCAGGAUCGAGAGAUCUCGUCUCAUCUCUGCGAGAACAGGUACCGCAACCAGCAAAUACGCGAAGAUUUUCCGGUAGCUUUGAGUGAACAGCGGGGGAUCGAGCACGAAGUACGUCUAAAAGAGCUCGCUCGUCGCCGGCAAGCGGAUAUCGACGCGGAGAUUGCCCGGGAAAUGGCUGAAAUAAAUCUCCGCAGACAGCGCCGUCAGCACAGUGACAUAAUGCAACAACCGAGUUCGUCACGCGACCCUCCUCCGGUACCGCCGACCGAUAUCGAUCCUGAAGAACUAGGUCUCUCUUCCUCGGAGUUGGAAGAGAUGAGAAGACGUCUAGAACAAGAGGAAAAAGAUGCGAGGUUGGCUCGGGAACUGAGCCAUGAAACAUGCAAUGAGGAUGUCCUCCUGGCCGACAUGAGAUGUGCAGUUGAAGCACAAGAUAGUGAGCUUGCUCGGCUAUUGCAGGAAAGGGAGUACAAAAAGUUGCAAAGAGCAAAGGAGAAAGCAAAACAAAAAGCUUUAUUGAAAAAACAACAAAGGCUGUCACAGCAACAGGAAAUUCCACCGGAUACAGCACAGGCCACACUUUGUGAUGCCUACAGUAACCCUCGUGAUGUGAUUCAGGAAAAUAGACUCAGAUUGUGCAAAUCAGUUGAUUCUGAUUUAAAUUAUGUGGAACCUUUUGAGAAAGAGGUCAUACAAUCCAAGGCGAGUGCUUUGCUGGCCAAAGAAAUAUCUAAUCAGUACUAUAAACAGGAUGCAGGAUCCAGCUUUAAUGCUACCUCAUCUCAUAUUCACCCCCCACCCCUCACAACUGACAAGUCCCUGAGCGGUACAGCCUCCUCCAUACAACACAGACAACCACCCCCUCCACCUAUAGCAGGAAAAAAACCCAGGUUUCCAGAUCCUGUGAGUAUACGGCCUGCGUCACAUUAUCCUACAGACAAUGUAUUAUCUGGUAAUGAUAUGGAGCAUAAUGUCUUACCAAAAAGCCACAGCGAGAACAGCCACUUUUAUGACACCACAUUCACAAGCCAAAAUGACAGUGUUCAACAACUUGGUUAUGAGAGAGGUGACUCUGCAAAACGUCUCUCUGUUAUCUCUGAUAUCACCGCGGAGGGAUUAGAAAAGAAGAAAAGAAAGCAAGCUAAGAAAAGUAAGGGUUGCAGGAUACAAUAAUUUGAUACUUAGAUGCAAAGUAUCAGAGUAAGCAAAUUCUUUCCAAACAAAGAUAUUACAAUAUUCCAGUAUGAUUAACAAUUUUUUUUAGAAUUGUCUU